AUGCUGAAUCUGGCUGACCUGGGGAACAGGCUCAGGCAGCUGUUUACCAGCUGCCUGCGGUGUGCCAAGUUCCCCACAGCCUGGAAAGAGGCAAGGCUGGUCCUCUUGAAGAAGGAGGGCAGGGCCGCAGAUUCUCCCUCUGCGUACCACCCCAUAUGCCUGCUGGACGAGAUUGGCAAAUUGUUCGAGAGGAUAGUUGCCACUCGGCUCAGCGGGCAUCUGUUGCGCGUCGGUCCCGAUUUGGCUGACAGCCAGUUUGGGUUCCGACGGGAGCGUUCCACAGUAGAUGCGAUUAUGCGCGUCCGCUCCCUGUCGGAACAAACAGUAUCACAGGGUGGCGUUGGCGAUAAGUCUUGA